GGAACCUAAGUAGAUAUGUGAAAAAGAAUAAUGACCAUUAGCAACAAUAUUGAAGAUGCUAAACGUGAAAAGUUAGUUGAACGAGUUCGUAUCUCAGUUGUUGUAUUUUGGAUUUUAUCUAUAAUAUUCUUAAUAAUUGGUAUAACAGUCCUGUCAAUGUAUCAUAAUUUAAACGAAUCUUCUCAAUAUCCUGGUACUGUUGCUGGUACAUUUUUCUUAGUAUCCAGUGUACCAUUGAUCAUAUGCAGUGGUUGCCUAACUAGUGCCUUAUUGAUUAUUCAAGAGUCAAUUCAAGAUGAAAGAGACUACCGUUGUCGUGAUCCAGAGUUUUAUAAAGAUAUUCCAUAUCCACGUCAACCAUUCAAACCAGUACAAUCAUCAUCAUUAUCGCCUAUGUCGUAUCCUUCUGCUCCGCCUGUGCCAAUAUUUGAAACUGAUCAAUCAAAAAUUUUCCAGUCCACUAAUCAAUAUGGAAGUUUUCAUCCACCUAGUUAUCAUACUGCAGUCACUCCAAUUAACUAAAUCAAGAUACUUGACCAAGCGGUUGAGUAAUAUACACUUAAUAUUCAGUUCACCAAAGAGAUUUAUUUCAGUCCCAUACCUUUUUACACGAUCUAAGCAGUAUCAUAAGAUGAGAACCAAGCAAAACCAAGAUAUAUUAAUUUGUGCAUUGACAUAUAAAAUCACACACCUUUUUUAUGGAAAAAACAAAAUGACUUUAAUAAUACUUUUUUGAUAUUACCUUACUUAUUUUCUCUUGUUUUAGUAGUUUUAUUAGACUGAUAUCAAAAUAUACCUUUACUACUUUCAUCCUUUCAGUGUAUUGCCUAC